AUGGUGAAACCGCUGAGGGAUCGGGACCGGGAUCGGGAUCGGGAUCCGGAUCCCGAUCCCGGUACCGCCGAGGGUCCCGGCCCCACGAUGAGCCCCCCGCUCUCCCCGCAGCCCGCUGCGGCGCCAGCCGACGGCUUCGCCUCCUCAGACGAUGAGGCCGCCGAGGAGGACCCGAGCCCGCUCCACAUCUCCUGGCUGUCUUUGUCUCCUCUCUACUCUUCAGAGUUCCUGGGAUUAUGUUCCCUUCCAGGUUGCAGGUUCAAGGAUAUCAGAAGAAAUCUUCAGAAAGAUAUAGGAGAACUAAAGAGCUGUGGGAUCCAGGAUGUUUUUGUCCUUUGUACCAGAGGAGAGCUCUCAAAAUACCGAGUCCCAAACCUGAUUGACACCUACCAGCAGCACGGGAUGUGUGUGCACCACCACCCCAUUCCCGAUGGGAAUGCUCCCGACAUUGCCACCUGCUGCAAGAUCCUGGAAGAGCUCAGAGCCUGCCUGGAAAAUAAGCAGAAAACAAUGAUACACUGUUAUGGUGGCCUUGGACGCUCAUGUCUUGUGGCUGCCUGUCUCCUGCUGCAGCUUUCAGACACCCUGGCACCUCAGCAGGUGAUAGAGAGCCUCAGGAACCUGAGAGGAUCAGGGGCCAUACAGACCAUCAAGCAGUACAAUUUCCUCCAUGACUUCCGGGAGCAGCUGGCUGCACACCUGGCCACAAAGGAGCCGCUGCUCAGGGCGGCGUCACGGUAG